AAAGCGAAAGAAAGAAACCUAUACUCUCUACUGCACAAGGAGGAAGCGGCACACGAGGAAAGCAUUUGGUCCUGUGCUUGGGGCCGCAUAAAGGUACGCUCGGAAGGGGCCGAUGAAGAGCACGAUGACAACUCACGCGAUUCUACUACCGCAAGCAAAAAGGACGCUGCUAGCGAGGAGUACAGGGAUUUUAUCGUUACCGGCGGAGUGGAUGAUACGGUUAAGAUUUGGGACGUGAUGCCCGAUCGGAGUAGAUUUAAACUUCGGAACACCUUCACUGGACACUCGCUAGGCGUCGUUUCGGUGGACGUGAGUACUAGUGGCGAAGUCAUUGCUAGCAGUUCGCUCGAUUCGAGCCUGUGCAUAUGGAAAGCGGAAACAGGACAGCUGAUGAACCAAAUAUCGCUCGGUCCGGUCGAUCUGUGGACCGUGGCAUUUUCACCGUGCGAUAAGUACAUCAUAUCGGGUUCGCACGAGGGAAAAAUUUCUCUCUACAGUGUGGAAACGGGCAAGGUGGAACAGGUGCUGGAUCCACAGAACGGAAAAUUUACGCUUAGCAUCGCAUACAGCCCCGAUGGAAAGUACAUUGCCAGUGGGGCCAUUGAUGGUAUCAUUAACAUUUUCGAUGUGGCUGCCGGUAAGGUGGCACAAACGCUCGAAGGACAUGCCAUGUCGGUGCGCAGUUUGUGCUUCUCCCCUGAUUCUCAAAUGCUGCUGACGGCUUCGGACGAUGGCCACAUGAAGUUGUACGAUGUAGCACAUUCCGAUGUAGUGGGCACCCUGUCCGGGCACGCAUCGUGGGUGUUAUCGGUGUCCUUCUCGGGCGAUGGGAAAAAAUUCGCUUCCUCUUCGAGCGAUAAAACGGUUAAAAUCUGGAAUGUCGCUGAACGGCAAUGUUUUCACACCUUCAUGGAACAUGCGGACCAGGUUUGGGGCGUACGGUACAGCCCUGACAGUAGCAGUGUGAUUUCGGUGUCGGAAGAUAAAUGCAUAAACAUGUACGAUUGUCCACCGAAUGUUGUAUGAAAUUAAUAAAA